AUGAUAAAAUAUUGGUUUUUCCUAUUUUUUAAUAAUCUUAUAUUGAUAAAUUAGAGAAAUGAAGCGAAUAAUCUUGAACUUACUGUGUAUUGGAAUUUGUCUAUCCAUAAAUCAUUCAAAUGUGUAAGAGACUUUAAAUGCAGAAAUGAAAUGAAUAAUGAACACUUAAAUGAACAUGAUUAAUUGAUAUUUCAUAAUUGGAUGUUUGAAUAUGGUAAAUCUUAUGAUAAUGAUUUUACAGUAACUCAUGGAAUGUAGAUCUUUAUGAGAAACAAGAAAAAUAUUGAAGUAUAGAAGGGUUUGCUUAUCCAUAGAAACAUAAUCAUAUAGGAGUCAAAUAUAAGGCUAAAUUGAAUGAAUUUUCAGAUUAAGAUUAUGAUGAAUUAGCAUUGAAAAUGUUUAUGCAUCUAGAUUUUAAUGAUGAUGAUUUAAAAUUCUGUAAUCAUCAUUUCUUUAGCAAACAAGACAUCAAAGAAUUGAGAAAUCAUCCAAUCUUAAAUUAAAUAAGAGAAUAGGCAAAGAAAGGAGAUUCAUUAGAUUGGAGUAAAUAAUUAUAUAAGAAUAUUAAUUAAGGUUACACCAUCUAGACCAUAAGGAACAUGUGGAAGUUGUUGGGCAUUCUCAUCUUUUGAUUUAACAAUAAGUAGAUUUGCUUUGAAGGGAAAGGAAGACUUAACUCAAUUAUCAAAGACUCAUUUUAAUAGAUUGUUGUGUAGGAGAUAAGAAUAAUGGAUGCAAUGGAAGAUCUCCUAUUGGUGCAUAUAAGUUCAUUAAUGAGAAUGGAGCUCUUAAAAAAAAUGAAUAUAGAGAAUAUGAUGCUACAUAAUAAGACUGUUAGAAGUCAGGAGGAAAUAUUAGUAAAGGUUAGAUAGUUGAUGUAGAGAAAGUUAAUGAUCCAACUGUUGAGUAAACUAAUCAUCUUAUUAAUCUAGAUAAAUUAAAGAGGCUCUUUAAGAUGGUCCGGUGACUGCUUUGAUGUAUGCAGAUAAGUCAUGGUUUGAAUAUGGAGGUGGUAUCAUAGACACUUGCAGUUAUGUUGGAGCCAUAGAACUUAGCCAUGCAGUUGUGAUAGUUGGUUAUGGAAAAGAUCAUUAUUAAUUUAAAAACUCUUGGGGAUCAGGAUGGGGAGAAAAUGGAUUGUUUUAAGUUUAGAGAAAUGGAGCUCCUGAAUGUUUGGAUAAGAUUAAAAAGAUUUCAUACCAAAUAAUUUAAUGA